CAUGAUGAAGUCUCCUCUUGCUUUCUUGGCGAUUUUCUCACUUCUCCUUUUGUACAACACUGUAGAUGGAAGAAAACACCCAGAGGAAUACUGGACUAGAGGGAGAAAUCUGAGGAUGCGGGUGCCCAUGAGAAAGGUCACUAAGCAAAAGCCAGAAAUUAUUCUUUCCAUUGACGAAUUCAAGUAUCACAAUGCUGCUACAGACGCUGAGAAUGAAGCUGAGGAGAAACCUCUUGGCACCUCCUCUGAACCAGUUGGCAGUGGUAGAGAUGGCGGUGGCGAUCUUAAAGAAGAGGAGCCUCUUGGCACCUCCUCUAAACCAGUUGGCAGUGGUGGUGGUACCGGUGGUGGCGACCAAGUACACAAACAUCUUUUUAAGCAAUAUGGACCAAAAGCUCCUGCGAAUUAAUAUAAAUACCGUGUGCAAGUGUACUGUCAUGGAUGAUAAUAUUUGAAUGGAAGAUAUGUGAAAUGAUCUCUAUCCUCUUAUGGUCAUUCAGGGUCCGGCAACACUACAAACAUGUAUUUCACAACUUAAUCUCAUUUCUCUGUAUUCAUCUACCUGUAUGUCUUGUUUCUUGGUAUGACCUAUGUAUUUUGCAACUUAAUCUUAUUUGCCUGUACUCAUCUACCUUUGUGUCUAGUCACAUGGUAUGUAUGCUCGUUUGUACUCAUCUACCUUUAUGUCUGGUCACGUGGUAUGUAUCCUCGUCUGUUCUCAUAUAUG